AGUCGAAAACAAAUACGAGUGCUUAAAGUGUGUGUGUGGAAAUAUCCAAUAUCAGCCGAUAUAUCCGGCUAAUCCUUUUUGAUAAAAAUUUGUUUGAGGCAGAAGAAAAAAUGGGAAAAUUGCUUAAAAAGUAUACAAAUUCCCAUAAAAAUGUGCUUAUUGUUAAAAGUUUGAUAUUGAAAUGAUGCGAUAAACAAUUUAAAUUACGCCCUUAAUUAUAAUUCAAACAAAUCAUAGCAUAAAAUAUUUCCUUGCACCAUAUCAAUUUAUCGUUUUGACAGGGGAAACUUUUUUCAUCCAUCCUUGAGAAAAAGAUAACUCUUAAGGAUUACAUUGAGUGAGAUGAAACUAUUCAAUAUUGCAGUUGUGGGGUUGAGUGGAGUAGAGAAAGAUAAGGGACAAGCUGGAGUUGGAAAAUCAUGUUUAUGCAAUCGUUUUGUUCGUCCAUUGACCGAUAGCUAUGAAAUUGAUCAUAUUUCAGUAUUGAGUCAGUCUGAUUUUAGUGGUCGCGUUGUAAACAAUGAUCAUUUCCUUUAUUGGGGUGAAGUCAGAAAGACUUCAGAGGAGGGUGUCGAUUAUUCGUUCCAAGUCAUUGAACAGACAGAAUUCGUUGAUGAUGCGACUUUUCAACCAUUUAAAGUUGGAAAGAUGGAGCCAUACAUUAAACGUUGUGCUGCACUUCGUGUAGCUUCAGCUGAAAAGCUCGUUUAUAUUUGUAAAAGUCAAUUAGGUAUUGAGCACGAGUAUGAGCAAAUUGUAUUGCCAGAUGGUCGACUCGCUAUCGAUGGUUAUGUUUGUGUCUUCGAUGUGAGUUCCGUGCCUAAUCGUCCUGUAGAGAAGCAAGCUGACUUCGUCAUGAAUAUUAUAAAUAAUUUGUUAAAGAAUAAGAAGCCAAUAGUUCUUGUUACAACGAAAAAUGACGACGCCAACGAGUCAUAUGUUCGUGAAGCUGAGAAAAUAAUACAACGAAAGGACUUCAAAGGUCAGAUCGUAAUGGUUGAGACAUCAGCUCAUGAAGCUAUCAAUGUUGAUCUUGCUUUUAUUGUGCUUGCUCAAAUGAUUGACAAAACUAAGAAUCGAUCAAAAAUUGUCUCAUAUAAUGAUGCGGCGCGACAAAGAAAGGAACUUCUUGAUACAAGUACCGAAUUUGUGACGAGAUUAAUUCGCCAACAAAUAACCGAUCAUCGUGCAAUUUGGACAACGUCAGGAAAGAAACUUGCACAACAUAAAGAGUGGCAAGAUUUCAUAGAAUUAUUUGGCCAAGAUGCAGGCUUGAGAAUCUUUCGAAGGCAUUUGAAGAAACUUCGUGAAGAUUAUCAGAAUAAGAAACUUCAAAGAUAUCUGAAUUCAUUCAUUUUAGUGCUUCAUGAGAUCUUCCCUGACCUCAAUUCGCUAAACAUCGACCCGAACUUAGAUUGGGAGAAGAUUCAACUUUAUUUACGCAAUCACAUCGAUUUCGAUCAAUUUUUCUUCGAUAGCACACAACAGAAUGUCUCUUGGAUGGAUUUAAGUGAUUUUAGUGACAUGGAAGAAGAGAAUCGAAUUCCUUUCGAUGUCAUUGACACAACAGAAGCUGAAACCGUCUUUAAAAAUCAUUUGAAUAAACUUCAACAAGAACAGAAGAGAUUAGAGAUGCCAAAAAGAUGGAAGAAGCAAUUUAAGAAGCUACUCGAAGAAACUGGAUAUGUAACACCUGGAAAGCAACUAUCAGAAGUUCGUGUUUUCUUUCUUGGUCGUGAAUGUUUUGAAGCAUUAUCAGAGCAUGAUUGCCAACAGAUUUAUGAUAAUCAUCAGAGAGAAUUGAUUGAAAGUGCGAAACAUAACUUUCAAGAACUUUUAUUGGAACAUGCUGAACUAUUUUAUCAUUUUAAGACGAUUGAACCAACGGGAACAAUUACGCAAAAUGAUAUAAAAGAAAUCACUGAUAAUCUUCAAGAAGACUUUCGUUAUAAAAUGUUGGAUCGACUUGAUCAAGAUCGAAAGUUGAUGUUGUUUCAACAUCUUGGAUUCGUUCAUUGUCCCAUUCGAGAACAUUGCCCAGCAUUUCCCAAUUGCAUGGAUGCUUUAAUUGAACGUGUUGUGACAUCAAAUGAAAUUCUUCCAUCAACUCGUGCUCCACAUAAAGACGGUCAAUUACAACUCAAUCUCGUUGUCAUCGGUCUUGAUUAUGUUGCCAAUGAUCUGAUAAGCAAAAUUCACCUGAAUUGCAAUGACAAUGGCGAAUAUUUAUUCGAUGGUAACACUUAUGGCUUGUCAAUUGAAACAAUCAAUCGUGACAAUGAUUCAUUCGCUUACGAUCUUCAAGGAAAAGGACUCAUUUGUUGCUUUUACAAUAAAACAACAUUCCAAUAUGUUUACGAUAUUGUCGAGAAACUUUUAACUGAUAAUUCCGAUUUCAAAGAAAAUAUGAGUAACAUUCACAUGGUGCUGUUAAACGAUGUUGACAGCAGUGGCAAAAUUGAUUUAAGUGAAAUCAGUGAAACGAGGAAAGAAUCGCAACAACUUUGUGAGAAACUUCAUUGUAUUCUACUUGAUGCGAAUGAUUAUUAUACGGCGAUAUCGCCGCAACAUCAGCAUAAGUUUAUUGAUAACGUGCUGAAUAGUGUAAUUGAGAUAAUGCCAUUUGAAGAUCUCAAAUACAAAGAUGUUUAUCUUUCUGAAUCUCCUGACAUUCGCAUCAUAAUGUGCUUGUUUUGUGGUGAUCCAUAUUCGAUUGAGAAUGUUCUAUCGUCGAUGAUUAACGAAACUGCGUGUAUGGCGAAUGGUGACAGAAAUAUUUCUUUUGAAAUUUUUCUCGGUGAUCAAAAGCGUCGUGUUGAAGUAAUUCUUUCAUCAUAUCAUGGAGCGAAUGCUUUUCGCGAUGAACUUGUUCAUGGUUUUAUUUUAUUAUACUCCACAAAACGUAAAGCGUCAUUAGCAACACUCAAUGCUUUCUCAAUUAACAUUCCAAAUCUGCCAAUGCAAAUUGUUUCCAUCACAGAACCCGGUGGUGUGAGUGCUUUCUUCAACAACGAAUUAACACAAAUUCUGAUAACUGAAGGCAAUGCUAUCGCUGACAAAUUGAGAGCACACUUUGUGACAGCCGCUGAUGAAGACAAUGGAUUUAAGUUUGCGUCGUUUGCACCAUUUUUGAAGGAAGUUUGGGAUAAAAAGCCGGAAAUUGAACAUGCUUUCCAUAUGGAAGAACCAUUGACAAUUGAUUCUGGUGAAGGCACAAUGGAACAUUCAAUUCAUCAUCAUCAUGCACCACCGCAACCACCCCCACGAUUUGAAAGUUAUCUAAUUAAUGACACUUAUCGCCAUCACAACUUUGACAAGAUGAGUCACCGCUCAGUCAAUUCAUUGGAUGGAAUUGAUGAAAGUGUCAAGUAUGGAAAUGUUUCAGACGAUCGACAAGCUUACAGCAACAUGUACUUUUAUGAAGAGAACAACAGCGAUGCUGACAAAGAUGACAGAAAUCGCAUGUUAGGAAAAGGCUUUCAAAUGUACCCUGCACCAUCAACACCACCAGAACCAGCACCACCGGAUCACCAUCUUUUAACACCAUCGUCAAUUUUACGUCAGUUAAAGGAAAAUGCGGCAAUAUCACAUUCACAGUCUAGUCUAGAGGAAAUAAACUGUAAGAAUAAGAAAACUGCUGAUGCGAGUGGAUCAAAAGAGUCUUUGAACACUUAUGAUUCAGGCUGGAUUGAUGACCACAUGAAGGAUGAUGUCUGGAAGAAUAUGAAUGCACAGACGCAUGCCUUUACAACAGGACGACCACGUCCAAACGCCAACACAUCUUUUAGUUCUAAAAAAGUCCCACCAAGACCAAAAGGCUCGAGUCAAACGCUCAAACAGCCGGGAAAAUUGAACUUGAAAAGUUUUGCCAUCGUCAAUGAAGCGCUGGCAAGAAUGAAUUUAGGUGAUAAUAAUAAUCCAGUUAUAGAUAAAAGAUUUUUGUAUCAAUCCGGUAUUAAAUAUGAAAAAUCGAAAUCUCGCAAUGCUUCCCAUAUGAAAGUUGCACCAGACGAGGAGGAAGGAAAUGAAAACAACAGAGAUGAUCAAGAUUAUGAAGAAGCUGAAUACGAGCAGAUAAACGAUGGCUUUAGUGAGGCUGUAAACAACAUAGCUAGUCAAUUGUUUACGUAUUCCUCACAAGAUCAAUCGCGCAACAAGUUCAGACAUAGACGUGAGAAAGAGCAGCAACAAAAAGUUUCAGAUUCAGAAAGCGACUCUAGCUCCUUAGAGCAUAAAAGAAACUCUGUUGAAUCUUAUAACAAAAAUCGAAAACCACAAACGCACAAAAGACGCCAAAAGAAACGUGUAGCAAUUCCAGUAGCAACACCAAAGAUUCCUAUGGGAUUUGAAUCUAACAGUGGAAUGGGAGCUGCCGCUUUGAUGUAUCAAAAAUUGAAGAACGAGGCCAAUAGUAGUUUGGAGAAAGAACGAACUGUGGGCGAAGAUGAUGUAUCAAGUGUUGAUGUAUCAAUUUCAUCGCCUCGCGAAACGCAAUCACCAAUCGUAAGUCGAUCGAAUGGUGUUGCUAGUUUGCGAAAACGUUUCAACGGUUACAAUUUGCAGUUUGGUGUUGUGCCGAAAGUAUCGAAAGAUGAACGUGAUAAGAUGUUGAUGGGACAACAAGCUCAGCCUCAGACAAAAUCGAAAUGGUUUAGACAAGACACAGAAAAGAAGGCUGCUCAGGCUGCUGAAAAAGAGGAGAAGAAGAGGAUUAAAGCAGCUGCUAAAAGUGCUGGCAAAUCGGGAAAAACAUUAUCCAAUUUUAAGAUGUCUGAUAAAAAUCAACAUGUUCCGAUUUUCUUGGAGAAAUGUGUCAACUUUAUCGAACGAGAAGUGGAUUCGGAAGGAAUUUAUCGAGUGCCUGGUAAUCGAGCUCAUGUUGAGUUGUUGUAUCAAAAGUUUGAAGAAGAAGACAACGUCGAUAUUGAGAAACUUGAUGUUCCUGUUAAUGCUGUAGCUACGGCGCUGAAAGAUUUCUUCUCGAAACAUUUACCACCCUUGUUUGAACCUGAAUUGAUGAAUGAAUUGGAAGAAGUUGCAGGUUCUCGAGGUGGUCUAGCUUCAGCAAAUCCAAUGAACAUGGAAGUCAAAGCUGAUCGAAGUUGCAGAUUAUUGGCAUUACGAGGUCUACUCAAUAAACUUCCUCCUACAAACUUUGCUAUUUUAAAAUUCAUUUUCCAACAUUUUGUUAAAGUCUCUGAGAACUCCAAACUUAACAGUAUGGACAGUAAGAACUUGGCAAUCUGUUGGUGGCCAACACUUCUUCCCAUCGAAUUCACAGACAUGCUUCGUUUUGAAUCAAUGCGACCCUAUUUGGAAGAUAUUGUUCAAACAAUGAUCGAUCAAUAUCCAUUUUUGUUUUGUGGUCAAGAGGCUUUCGUUAUGGUCUGAAAAUAAUGGAAUGCAGUUGGAAGUUAUUCAUGAUCUGCUUUUCUAUUGUAUUUCAUUGAAUGUCAUAUUUGCUAUGUGUUGCUUCAGAAGACGUCCUUUUGUUCGGUUACAGUUGCUUGCCAUCAUCAUCGUCAUCAUCAAUUCGUGUAAGUAGAAGAUUAUGAGAUGUAACCAAGUUAGAGUUAAAAGAAACUUUUAAUCAUGCAAUGAAGUCAGCUUUUAAUAUUAUGAUUUGCAUGUUGCAAUUUUAAACUGUUUGUGCGUAAAUUGCGUCACAUUGAAACGAAAAUAAAAUAAAUAUUUAUGUAAUUUUCUUUCGCAAUGAUUAAGGAGUCAGAGCGUAUGAUUGAACAAUAAUUAGAAGUGAUGGCGUGAUUUAUGCACAAAUCCAUAUUGGCAUAACGAAAUUGAUUAGUUAGGAAAGCUUUUUUAUAUGAAUUGAAAAUAUUAAGAAAGAAAAUUUUAAACAAACAGUAUGUGAAUCUUUUUUUUUUGAAACAAAAUGUGUUAAGAUUAAAAACAAAAAGAAUAAGAAAUUGUAAUAAUUCAAUGAACAACAUAAAAUGAUAUCGAUGCACCACACAAUGAUAAUUAAAGGAUGACACAUUUUUAAACGUUUACUGCUUUAAUGAGGAUUUAGUCACAAUCAAUCACGUGUAGUAAUUAAAAUAAAUUGUCUGAGAAUCUCACGAACUUUCACAAGUCGCCAUUAAUGAAAAAUAUCAAAAUUAUUCAUAUUUCUGUCAGGGUAUCAUUUUUCCUUCCCCUCUAAAUAUUUUAUGGUAAUUUUUGAGUAAUUAAAGAAAGAAUUUACAGAGGAGGAAUGUUGAAUAAAUCUUUUUUAAAUUCCGAUAUUUAUUUAUGCCAUUUUAUCAUGGGCCAACAUGACAUUAAGUUCCAAAUUUCUCAUUUAUUGCUUUAAACCAACCUCCAACUAACUUAUUUUCGGCAUCAAAAUUGUGACAAAAAAAAAUUGUGUACUUAAUCAUUAUUUAAGAAUCUUUCAAUAAAAUUUCCCUUAGGUCUUACUUAAUUUGCUAACAUCAUUUCUCCAAAGACAAGCUCUCUUCAUCACUUGAAACAGAAAAUUAUUUCCACUCGAAUUGCCAGAAACUGAACUUUCUUUUAUAUUCCAGUCUAUUUUUACAAAUAAGAAAAAUGUUAUGAGUGCCAUCAAACAAAUAUUUCCGUGUUCGAUCAGGCAAAUCAUUGUCCUACAUCUUAAACCUCAUUCUUUCAGGUUUCGUUACUCAUGUAACUAUCAAUGACCUUUUAUAAUAAUCAAUUAAAACCAAAAUGCUUUUUAUAAUGUGCAAGAUAUUGUGAAAUCAUACAAAACAAAAACAUGAAAAGUUUUUUAUGAAAAAAUAAAAAGAAAAGAAAACAUUAUUAAAUAUCUUAAAUGGAAAACAAAAAGUGUUGGAAAAAUAAGUUAAAACUAUCUUAUAACUUAAGAUGAACAAUUGAGUUGAAUGAAAAACUUAUUGAAACUGAUUUUAAAUUGAAAACCUAAAACAUAUUUAUGAUCAGUGUAAAUAAUCAUGUUGAACGUUUAAAUUUUCGGUGUAGCAUAAGUUUUCUCAAUUAUCAUGGUUGAUAUUAGUUUACAAUGAACUUUUAAUCAGUAUUCCCUCGUCGGCAUUUAAUUACCACAUGAAUUAAAUAAAAAAAUAUAUUUUCAACCUAAAGAACUUUGUCGAGUUUUUCAAAACUCCAACUACGAAGAAAUAUUUGCAGAAAACUUUAAGACAUUUUUUAACGAAAGAAUAUAAAUUAGAUUUUUAAGUAAAGGCUCAUUAAGAGACUUUAUUGAUGCCAUUUUAUUAAUCUUAAAUGAAAAAGAUUGAUGUUGUUGUAUUUGUCAGCUAAAUGAAAAAGAUGAAAAACGCUUUAUUUGUGUAAAUUUAAGGAUUGUAAGGAAUCAGCAAAGUUGGCAGUCUUGCCAAAAAUUCAAAUGAAAGGAAAUUCUUAAAAUAUUUUGAUUUGUGAAACCUCAACUCAUUAGUUAACAUUAAUUACACCACUACGUGACAUUUCCGUGAUUGUUUUUCUCUGAAUCUCAAAUCAAUGACAAUUAAAGCAAAAAACGAGUGAACCAAUCUGUGAAAAAUUAAAUUUCAUUCCUUCCUUACUUUUAAAACUUAUCAAAAUUACUUUGGAAAACACAGAAGAAUUUUCUCAACCACCAUCAUCAACAAAAGUUUUAAGUUUUCAGUAUUUUCUUUCAUUGAGAAACAUUCCAUAAGAUCCUUUAAUAAAUUUUUUAUAGACUCUACGUGGAACUGAUGUAAACAAAUCUUGAAUUUGAAGAAUAAAAGUGGAAAUUAAUUGUAUCAC